AUGGAUCUUUACUGCUUUUUGAGUGCAAGUGACCCUGCUAAUUGCGGAGUUUCACGGGGAUGUACCGAAACAGUUUGUUUGUAUGACUGCAAGGAUGACAUUCGUUCUCAUCUUCGAAGCUGUCAUUUGUCUAAAGAAAAUGUCGAUGAAUAUAAGCUUAUCCUGGCGAGGGCAGGCCUCUUUGACCUUAGCGACGACCAAAUCUGCAAAAUGGGCAUUUGCCCGAAACAUCGACAUAGAUUAGGAAGGUAUUGGUUGAAGAGCAAAACCACAUGUCAAUAUCCUGGUCAUGUCGGUAAUAGUAAGAAAGUCGUGGGGAGAGAUACAUUCUCCAUCAAGAUGUCUGAGGAAGUGCGUAAUUUACCCUAUAUUUACUUAUAUGACAAACUAAGACUCAUUAACCCGAGUGGAAGAAAGUAUUUGCCUUAG